AUGGCGGCCGGUUUAAAGUUUUGUUUUUACAGUGGUGGUGAUGGUGACGGAUGCGUUGCAGAUGCAUGCCGUGGUAGCAGUCCGGUGAAGCGUUGUAUCCCGUUUAACAUUAUUUUGACCAAAGCGCUUACAAAAUGGUCCAUACACUCUCUUUCCACUACAAAGCUCUGUCUCUCACUCACACUCUCACUCUCUCUCUCUCUCAGAAUGGCUUCAUUGAGAUUUGUUCAUGUCUUCUUCUUCUUUAAGCUAUUUCUCCUCUCCCACUGUGCAACAUCUCUCUCCGCCGCCUCUUCAGAUGUGAAGCUUCUCGUCUCAAAGAUCAAACCAUCCCUCCAAGGCACCAGCGAGAGCCUCCUCUUGUCUUCUUGGAACUCAUCCGUUCCCGUAUGCCAAUGGAGAGGGGUAAAAUGGGUAUUCUCAGACGGCUCACCUCUCCAAUGCACCACCACCACCACCAACACAGACCUCUCUCUCUCUUCACGCCAGUGGACAAACCUCUCUCUCUACAACGACUCCUCUCUCCACCUCCUCUCUCUCCAGCUCCCUUCCGCCAACCUCACCGGCUCCCUCCCCAGAGAGCUCGGCGAGUUCUCUAUGCUCACAAGCGUCUUCCUCAACAUCAACUCCUUGACUGGGACCAUCCCUCUCGAGCUCGGCUACGCUUCUUCUCUCUCCGACCUUGAUCUGAGCGGCAACUCCCUCACCGGCGUCUUCCCUCCCUCGAUUUGGAACCUCUGUGAUAAGCUCGUCUCUUUAAAGCUUCACGGUAACUCCUUGUCAGGAGCCUUGCCUGAGCCCGCUUUGCCGAACUCUACUUGCGGUGAUCUCCAGGUUCUUGAUCUUGGUGGUAAUAACCUCUCCGGUGAGUUCCCUGAGUUUAUCACUAGGUUUAAAGCUCUGAAGUCGCUUGAUCUCUCGAGUAACGUCUUUGACGGUUCUGUUCCCGAUGGUUUGGGUUCGUUGCAACUCGAAACUCUCGACCUUUCUCACAAUAACUUUAGUGGGAUGCUUCCGAGUUCCAAGUUCAGAGCUGAGUCUUUCCAAGGGAACAGUCCUACCCUCUGCGGACUGCCUUUGAAGCCAUGUCUAGGCUCCUCAGGGUUGAGUCCCGGCGCCGUCGCUGGGCUUGUGAUUGGUUUAAUGUCCGGAGCAGUUGUUGUGGCGUCGUUGCUGAUAGGUUAUCUCCAGAACAAGAAGAGGAAGAGUAGCGUAGAGAGCGAAGAUGAUCUGGAAGAAGGAGAUGAAGAAGAGGAGGUUGAUGGUGGUGGUGAAGGGAAGCUAGUUGUGUUCCAAGGCGGUGAGAAUCUGACGCUGGAAGAGGUUUUGAACGCGACGGGGCAAGUCAUGGAGAAGACUAACUACGGCACGGUCUACAAGGCGAAGCUCAGCGACGGUGGGAAUAUAGCGUUGAGGCUGUUGAGAGAAGGUACUUGCAAGGACAGGAGCUCUUGCCUGCCUGUUAUAAAGCAGUUGGGGCGCGUAAGGCACGAGAACUUGGUUCCUUUGAGAGCUUUCUACCAAGGGAAGAGAGGAGAGAAGCUUCUCAUCUACGAUUACAUCCCCAACAUUAGCUUACAUGACUUGUUGCACGAAAGCAAACCGGGGAAGCCAGCUCUGAACUGGGCCAGGAGACACAAGAUUGCGUUGGGAAUAGCGAGAGGACUGGCUUAUCUACAUACCGGACAAGAAGCUCCUAUCAUCCACGGCAAUAUAAGAUCGAAAAACGUGCUGGUGGACGACUUCUUCUUUGCUAGGGUAACUGAGUUUGGGCUUGAUAAGAUAAUGGUGCAAGCGGUGGCGGAUGAGAUCGUCUCGCAGGCGAAAUACGACGGGUACAAGGCGCCGGAGCUUCACAAGAUGAAGAAAUGCAACCCGAGGAGCGAUGUUUACGCGUUUGGGAUCCUUUUGUUGGAGAUACUGAUGGGUAAGAAGCCUGGAAAGAGUGGGAGGAACGGUGGUGGGGAGUACGUGGAUCUGCCUUCUUUGGUUAAAGCUGCGGUGUUGGAGGAGACGACGAUGGAGGUUUUCGACUUGGAGGCGAUGAAAGGAGUGAGGAGUCCGAUGGAGGAAGGUUUGGUUCAUGCGCUGAAGCUGGCGAUGGGAUGCUGUGCUCCUGUUACGACGGUUAGACCGAGUAUGGAAGAGGUUGUGAAGCAGUUGGAAGAGAACAGGCCGAGGAAUAGAUCAGCGUUGUAUAGUCCUACUGAAACCAGGAGCGACGCUGAGACACCAUGCUGAGUUGUUUUGGUUUAUGUUGUUGUUAUUAUACAAAAGCCACUUUUGGUUGGUUAUAUGCAUUUGUUUCAUAGGAAAGGAACCAUUCUUAUUUCAUUUUGAUUUUUAGUUUUAUCUUUUUGUCAAUGACAAUGGUGUUAAUGUUAACAGAAGCUGAAGAAGCUAAUAUGAUAAAUCUACUUCCGUUAUUUUC